GCGUUGGCCACACUUUAAUCUGAUGUAAUCUGACGUAUAUUCGCUCCCAAGAUGAAAUGGUCACGGUAUUGUCAUCUUUCUGUUGAAAUAGAGACUAGCUAAGCACCUUGAUCUUCACUAUUUGGCCCUGGAAGAGUCUUAGUUGCUGCAUUACAAAUAGAGGCUUAAAUGAGGCCCCAAUCAAUGUAAGUUGAUGUUUAACUGUUGGGGCAAGAGCCAAUCUUUGACUCUCAGGAAUUCUGCCAUCCACAGUCACUUAGUCGCUCCUUUUUUGGACAAGGCUGCACGUUUAUUUUUUCUAAUUUAACUUUAAGCCAACGUGAUUUCUCUCUCUCACAGUUACAUUGUAAGGACAUGGACCUUCGUCUGACACUCCUGUUGAUCGGUCUCUGCAGCCAAGGAGUCACUAAUGCUGAAUUGGCAGUAAAGGAUUCGGUGCCUCUUAUCCCCUUGAUGCCCAGUCACCCCGUAGAGAAAGUAGAAAAUGGAAGCGCAGCACAGCCAAGUGCUGCGAACACCCCAGAAGCAACUCUACUUGCGCCAGCCAUAACUAAUAAGCCCGAUGGGAGCUCAUCGGAGGGAGACCGGGAGGACAACUGUCCGUCCCUCGGACGGAGCCAAGAGUCCCGGGACGCCAUCGCUGCAGCCGUCCAGAGACUGGGUGUGCAGCUGCUGCAGAACCUGGAGACGACACCAGAACAGCCAAACGUCAUCAUAUCUCCUUUGAGCAUUUCGGUAGCGCUCUCCCAACUGGCUCUGGGCGCAGUAAAUGAGACGGAGGAGCUGCUGAUGCAUCACCUACAUGAAAACACUCUCCCCUGCUACCAUCAGUCUCUGCAUAAUGUCUUAGCGCAGCUCAGAGACAAUGAACUGCAAAUUGCCACACGCAUCUUCCUGCGUCAAGGGUUUAAGCCAAAGCAAAACUUUGUCGAUGAGUCGAAGAGGUUGUAUGACUCGGAACCAGCAGUUUUUGAGACCCUGCACCAGAUAAACGAUUGGGUCGAGAAUGCAACAAACGGAAAGGUGACCGACUUCCUUCCCGCUUUACCACCAAAUCUGCUCCUCAUGCUCAUCAAUGCUGUCAACUUCAAAGGAGAGUGGAAAGCUCGAUUUGACCCGCGCUUCACCUCUAAAGGUGUGUUCUACCUUGACAACGAGCGCAUGGUUGAUGUUGAAGUGAUGGAAGAUGCCAAACACCCCUUGAGUUUAUUUAUGGAUAAUGAACUGGAGGCUCAGGUAGCGUCUUUCCCGUUCCUAAAGUCAAUGAGCUUGUUGGUAGUCAUGCCCACGUCCGGCCAGGUGAAUGUGUCUUCGCUUGCCGCAAAGCUGAAUAUCUCAGACUUGUAUCACCGUCUGCCUAAGGAGAGAGCUGUUCAAGUUAAAGUCCCCAAAUUCAAACUGGAGUAUGCUCAAGAACUAAAAGAUGUCUUUAUUAAAUUGGGCCUCGGAGAUGUGUUUUCCAGUCCCAACUUGGCUGACAUGGCAGACGGCCCCCUGCUGGUCUCCAGUGUGAUGCACAAGUCUAUUAUGGAGAUAAACGAGGAGGGUGCGGAGGCUGCUGCAGCCACCACUGUAGUCAUCUCCCGCUCAUCAAACCCUGUUUUCCACCUCACCAAACCAUUCUUCUUUGCCGUCAUGGACGAUACAACCCAAGUGCCCAUUUUCAUGGGCGUCAUUAACAACCCAAAUCCCGAUGUUCCUAUUUUCAAGAGAGAAGUUGGAAGCAAAGAUUUAGCGGGAUUCCAGGUUGACAAAAGUUAUGUUGGCUCAUUUAGCGGUGCACCUAAGUAAGGACUACUUAUUCUGCUGUCCCAGGGAAAAAACAAAACAAGAUCUCUCAUGAUUGUGUAGAUUAAAUGUACAAUAUGAAUAAACUGAAUCUAAAUGUGUGUGUAAAAACA